AUGCAGGUUUAUAUGUAUUGUCUUCUGAAAGUUCUAAAGCAAUGUCAGGCAUUGAGAGAGGCUCUUCUUGCAUCAGGAAAAGAGGUUCUAUGGCAUGGACGGUCAAAAAAAGAACCAGCUUCUUACUGUAACAUCUGUGAGGUAGAAGUUUUUAACCUGCUUUUUGUCACUAAUGAAAGCAAUUCUAAAAAGACAUAUGAAAUACAUUGCCAUGAUUGUGCACAAAAAUCAAGUCGAAAUUUGGAAAACUUUGUGGUACUUGAACAGUACAAAAUGGAGGAUCUAAUCCAAAUCUAUGAUCAGUUUACACUGGUUCCUUCUUUAUCAUCCUCUUCAUCUUAAUAUGGUUCUAGGAACACCAAGACCUUUCUACUCUUCAGGAAAUAUCACUGGCUUUCUAGCUAUUCGUAAGAUUUUUUGACUCAAUUCUGUCUAUGCAUCCUUUUGAGACUAAAAGAUUAGGCAACUAGACAAAGAAUACAUUGCCUUUAUUCCAAGUUUAACAAAGCCAACUUGGCUGACAUUUUAUAAAAUAAUAAUUAUAUGAUUUAUGUGUAUAUCUGACCAAACUAUCAGAGCUGUACAAACUACUGCUUUAUUAUGUCUGUGCAGUUUUGGCUAAUAUGUUAGUUUUUAUUUGCAUUUUAGCCCUUCAGAAUUUUCAUAGGGAAACAAUUACUGUCUGUCUGGAUUACUGUUUACCUGGUCAGUUCUUUGAAGGAUGAUUGACAAAUUUAAAUCAAAUUUUUGACCAACUUAAGGUUUCCUGUUUUAAGACCCUGAUGCUUAAUCUAUGAUUCUAAAAUAAAAGAAGUUAAUAGUCAAGAUACAAACAUAAUGGAUUGCACAUACUAAAGAAUAGAUAUGGUUGAUCUUUGCUUCUAAUCUGAACCAAUUAAAGUAUUUAUAAAAUGCAUAUUUAUUGCUUGAAAAUAUUUGUGAUUGGAAUGUUGUUAUUAUUCCCACACUUACUUUGCCAUUAAAUAUGGAGUAUUGUAAUUUUAAAUAAAUACUAUUACGUUUUUUAAUUGUAAAAAAACUGCUUAAUAUUGUAUAGAAACUUUUAUUAAAAUUGUUUAAUGUUUAAAGGGUUUUCCACUGUUUGAGUAUUGAAGAUUUUCUACAAAGACCCAGUUUCUGUUUUCUUUUUAAUUUAAAGAAUAUAUAUUUUAAAUGUAUGUUUGUGUGUGUGCACUAUACAAAUGUAUAUUAGAGACAAAUCUCAAUAUAUAAUUAUGUAAAAACAAAUUCUAAUUUUUUACAUCUGUGAUUGCUUUUAAGGUGCCUGAUAUAAAACAUCCUACCAAACACAAGUAUGAUUAUUUUU